AUGACAUACUUGUUUCUAACCCCGAGUCGCGAAGACGUCCACUCGCUUCAAGAGACCGAGCAGCGCUCUGUUGCCGGUAGCGAGGACACCUUCUUGAUCCCCCUUACCAAUGACCAUGAGCCGAAACUGGUCACCUGGUCUUCCCCAAACGACCCUUUGAACCCAUUGAAUUGGAGCCAUGCCCGGAAAUGGUCUGCCACUUUACUGGUCUCGUGCUUCACCUUCAUCUCACCCGUCUCGUCGACAAUGGUCGCUCCAGCGCUGAACGAGAUUGCCGAUGAUUUCAACAUCAAUUCCGACAUUGAGCGGUAUCUCGUCAUGUCGAUCUUCCUUCUUGCCUAUGCUUUGGGCCCCUUCAUCCUCGCGCCCUUGUCGGAAAUGUAUGGCAGAGUUGUGGUACUUCAGUCGGCGAACAUGGUGUAUCUCCUUUUCAACACUGUGUGCGGAUUUGCGACAUCGCGAGAGCAGAUGCUUGCCUUUCGCUUUUUGAGCGGUCUCGGUGGGAGCGCACCCCAGGCGAUCGGCGGAGGUGUUCUCAGCGACUGCUGGCGAAAGAACGAGCGAGGGACAGCCAGCGCCGUGUACGGCGUGAUGCCAUUCCUAGGCCCAGCCAUUGGGCCGAUCGCCGGCGGCUACCUAACGCAAUACAUGUCCUGGCGCUGGAUCUUCUGGAUUGUCUCCAUGGCCGACGCACUGGUCCAAAUCCUGGCCUUCCUGUUCCUGCGCGAGACAUACGCGCCCAAGAUCCUGGCGAUGAAGAAGAAGCGGCUGCAGCGGGAGACAGGGAAUGACCUGCUGUACACAGAGUACGACGAACCCGAUCGCACAUUUCCCCAGCUUUUGAGGAAGAACCUCGUUCGGCCGUUUCGGAUGCUGUUCACCCAGCCCGCUAUCCAGGCAAUCGCCUUGUAUCGGGGGUAUCAGUAUGGGCUGAUGUAUCUCGUUCUCGCAUCCUUCCCCACGGUCUGGGAAGGAAGAUACGACCAACCAAAAGGAACAGCUAGUCUGAACUACAUCUCGCUCGGCGUCGGGUUCGUGAUCGGGCUCCAAUUCUGCGGUCGCCUAAUUGACAUCGUCUACGAAAGACUGUCAAAAUACUACGGCGACACCGGACGCCCCGAAUACCGCAUCCCCCUCAUGAUCCCAGGCGGUCUCCUCGUCCCAAUCGGCCUCUUCAUCUACGGCUGGACAGCAGAAUACAAAACGCACUGGAUAUUCCCAAACAUCGGGGCGUGCCUGUUCGCAAUCGGCCUAAUAAUCUGCUUCCAAUGCUGCCAGACCUACGUGAUCGACGCAUACACACGGUACGCCGCAAGCGCAACAGGCGUUACAGCGUUCGUGCGCACGAUGGCCGGGUUCAGCUUCCCCCUUUUCGCGGAUAGUCUGUAUCGCGCGCUGGGGUUGGGCUGGGGGAAUAGUCUUCUGGGCUUUGUGAGUUUGGGCAUGGGGCUUGUGGCGCCUGUUCUCCUUUGGGUUUGGGGCGAGUGGAUGAGGGCGAAGAGUCCUUAUUGUGCGGGGGAGGGGAGUAGUGCUGUCUAG